AUGUCAACGGUCCGGUGUCUAUGCCAGCUUCGGUCUCGACGUGUCUACAAUGACCUGCGAACGAGCUCCCGACUGCUUCCUCGCGCACGGCGAGCGCAGCAUACAGCAGCAAAACCGAGACCCGACAGGCGAGAUGAGCUCCGAUUACGUCGGGUGACGCAAAUCUUUGGCUAUGGCGUCCUGGCGACUUGCGUGGGACUCGCAUGGUCCUUCCGCGAGGACUGGAUGCAUGCCGCCCGUGCAGACUUCACGCCUGAACCGGCAGGCUCAGCGUCAGCAGCGCCAAAGACUCGCAUCGAUCCGGAUACCUCGCUUGCAUUUCCGCUCUCGCUCGAGCCAAAGAGCAUACAGCCUGCAUCGCCGCUCGUGCUCGCAAGACAGGGUGUUCGGACAGUAUCCUUCCUAUCAGUUCGCGUCUAUACCGCCGGCCUGUAUGCUGAAGAGCGUCUACUCCGCAACCUCAGCAAGCUGCAAGGCUUUUCUGAGCCUUCGUUCGGUAAGGACACGAUCGUGCGGCCCUCAAGAGACAUCAAUGCGCUCGAGGGUGAAGCGCUCAUUGCUUCGCUGUUGGACGAACCUGUCGAUUUUGUCGUACGGAUCGUGCCCACGCGCAACACCGACGGUUCGCACAUGCGCGAUGGCUUCUUCCGAAGCAUCCAAGCACGCCUCAAAUUAGCCGAGCGAAGUGGCCGGAUCGACGAAGCGACAGCCGACAAUGUCAGCGCAAGUCUCAACGAGCUCAAGAGCCUCUUCCCAGUGGGCAAGAUUGCCAAGGGAAAUGAGUUACUCCUCAUCAGACGAGGCACAGACGGUGCUCUUCUCGUCGAGUAUGAGGGCAACGCGUCGACUUUGCAGAAUCCUUGGAUCAGCAAGCAGCUCUUGCUCGCCUACUUUGCAGAUCAGCCCAUAUCCGCAAAGGCCAAGGACUCCUUCGCGCAAGGUCUGGUUGACGCAGUGCUGAACGGGCUGCAGCUGGCAGGACACUCACAGCAGCCUGCGAAAGUCGCCGUCAAAGGGCCGUGCUUGACUGCCUCGGCGAACCUGAAGCACCAACGGACCAUCAGCAGCAUGGAGAGACCGCCUCGACAGGCACAAGCUCAGCUCGGUGUAGCCGUGACAUCGGGCCAGAUGGGCCACUUUGGUCCAUCGUCGGGUCAAGCCAGGCUGGCGAGCGAAAGCGGCGGCAACACGGCCAAGCCUCCAAGCAACUGGCGCAAAGCCUCCAAUCAGACUCAGCAGCCAGCACAACAGCGGCAAGCGUCUGCAGCCCAGCCUGGCACGGCGAGCUCAAACGGCACGGCAACGCAAUGGAACGGGCCGUCAAACUCCGGCCAGGGCAGUCAGAGGGCGAAGUCGCCAAGUGUGUCCAUGCAGCCAAAGCAAGAGAACAGGUCGAACCCGCAAGGCGCUACUGGUCCCGCUCAAAACGGAAGCGCUCCACUCGCCUCAUUGGGUCCCACACCGGCAGCACUGGGCAUCAUGGCAGAUCGUCUCGACUUUAUUGUCAAAGCGCUCAUUGGAUCCCGCGUCGUGGCGACAAUUCCCUCUGGCGUGGCAUAUGAGGGCAUCCUCAGCGCUUCCACGACCAUGGACUCUGGCGAGCUCACCGUCGUCCUCACACGAGCACACAGCGUCGAGGCCGGCUCGCAAGAGACCAUGAAGUCAUUGCUUUCUAUCGCUGCUUCCGACCUCGUCGAUCUCAAGGCAGCCGCGCCCGUCGACUUGCAUGCCAUCAGUGCAGCUGCCUUUCCCACUGGUGCUGCCAACGGGGACAGCUUCAGAACAGAUGCGGACAUCUCCGGCACGCCUACUUCGGCAGGCGAUGGGAGAGCACUCCAAAAGUGGUCGGGCGCGGGCGACGAGGACGGCUCACUCGAAUCUGCUGCACUCCUGUCGCCGACAAAAGGCAAAUGGGACCAGUUCGAGGUGAACGAGAAGCUGUUUGGCGCAAAGACCGACUUUGAUGAAGAGAUCUACACGACCAAGCUCGAUCGCUCCGGCAAGGAUUUCAAAGACAAGGAGCGCCGUGCAGCUAGGCUCGCGCAGGACAUCCUCUCAUCUACAUCGUCGAAUGCGCAUGUGCAGGAGGAGCGCAACGUCGUCACGCAAGGCGACGCCCUCGAUGAGGAGGACAAGUACAGUGGCGUCAUACGUGGGCCGAAUGCUUACAUUCCACCUUCUGCUCGGAAAGCGUCUGCUGCAGCAGGACCGCCCGCCGCGAGAGAGAGCCCGUCCGUCUCACCGUCUGUCAGUAAGACGCCUCUGCCGACUCCUGGCAUGUCGAACAGUGCGGCCAGUCUAGCGCUGAUGCAGCACGUUGGCGCCAUGCGAGACUCCGGGGCAACUCGCGAGCCGAGCAGCGUAUCGGAGACAAUCGUCCGUGAUCAAUUCAGGGAAUUUGUCGGCAGUGAAAAGGAGCGGAUGCAGCGCAAGAAAGAUGCUCAAGCUAAGAAAGUGAAGGAGAUCCAGAUUGCCGAACUACGCGAGUUCAGCACUGGCUUCAAAUUGCGUACGCCCUUCCCAGCUGAACUAGCGCCGCUCGUUGGCAAGUCGCCAAAAGCCUCAGAUCGUCCGAUGCCUUCGAGUACUGCAGUCAGUCCUAACGACUCCGUCACACCGCUACGAGCGACGCUCGAAGCCAGGCCGACGAGCUCGUCUGCACCUCGACCUCCACCUUCAAUUUCUCGCUACAGCAUUGUGCCGCCCAUACCACCCUUUAAUCCUGCCAAGGCUGCUGCUGCACGGUCAGCUGCUGCUGGUGGCCUUCCUGCCUCGGCGAGCACCAGCGCGAUUGCACGCGCAGCUAGCCCUGGCGCGGUACAGCCUGCAACCGUCAAGGCGCCCUCGCCAUCUUUGACUCCCGCACCGGCGACCUCGACGAGCAAGAUCAAUCCAAAAGCGCCUGCUUUCAGGCCCAAUGCCAAUGCUGCUGUCUUCACGCCCGGCGCAAGUACCUCUGCACUGAACAAGUCGCCCCUGCGUAAACCUGCUGUGCUGCCACCCUCCGAUCCAUUUUUCGGCAACAAGCCAAUCAAAAAGACCAAGCCAAUCUAUGUCAAGGAAGACUUCCAUCCUUUCAAAGCUGGUCCGCCUGCAGAAGCGCGCAACACUCCUCCAGCUUGGGAGUAUUCCGGCAAGCCUUAUCGGCAAUUUUUGCCAGCUUUGCCGUAUGCGAGCCAAGGGCCUUCUCAAGCAAACUCUGCAGAUGGCGACAGUAUGCCGACUCCGCUCAUGCAGCCAAUGCCUGGACCUGGCUUCCCGGUGUACCAGCACUAUCCGCCACAGUUCCAGCGCUUCGCAUCCGGUGCUCCGCCUCAGAUGCAACACUUGCCGCCUCAGAUGCAUUUCAUGCCUCAGCAGCAUUUCGGGCCAAUGCAAUUCGUCCCACAAGUAGCGAUGGGCUCGCCCGGCCCGGCCAUGUAUACGCCUGCGAUGAGUCCGGUGCCUCGCGGAAGAGGGCCUCCUGUGCAGCCGCAAGGGCAGCCGUUCAUCUAUCAAGGACCGCCAGGUGGGCUAGCUCCGCAGCAAUUUGCUGCCAUGGACGCUCAACGGCCGCAAUGA